UCCAUGUGAGCCGCCCUCUCAUGACAGCGGGUCUUCCACAUGAAGGUGAACCGUCCCGGGCACUGAAACACGGUGAACAUGGCUUCGUUGCGUGCAGCGACGAGGACGUUCUGCGCCGCGGCAGAAACAGCAGCUGCAGCGGCGGCUCCGGCAGCUCCGGUCAGAAGGAGCCGCUGGGAGAGAGUGAAGAACAGUAAAGCAGUUGGGUGGAUUCGCGGCCUGGUCACAGAUUAUAAAGAGGCCUGCAAGGAGAUAGUGGUCGGUGCCUGGACGCGACCGGCCAAAGCCACAGUAUACGUCACCCUGAUGGGGGGGGCCGGGGCUUGUUUCUACACAAACCCUGACCAGUCGUCCUUUGAGGCCGCCCUGCUGGAGCGCUCCAACCAGCUGGGCCUGCUGUCCCCGUGGAUCCGCAACGCCAAGUCGGACGGCCACGUCCAGAGUCUCGUGAAGUUCCACAACGAGGGCCGUCUCCGACAUGCCAGCCUGGGUCUUCUCUCUCUGGUUUACUGGGCCAACUACGACACUGACUCCACACUGUACGAAGCCCAGUGCUCCAAUCUGUCCAUGCCGUGGUUGGAGUUCCGUCAGCGGGUUCUGGAUGUGGGCUUCGGCUACCGCUGGUGGAUUCUGGACUCAAAGAUGCAGGACUAUGAUAUGAAUGAGGGAGAGUUUAAGCACCUACCAGCUCACAUGCAGGAAUCAUCUCCACCGAGCGUUCAGGAGGUGGAAAAGAACGAGAAGUUGCACAAAGAUUCCUGGUUAGCGCUGACAAUUGAGGAGGAGGUAGAAGAAGUACACGUAUUAGACAGUGUGGAGGAGAAGGUUAGUGAAGAACAAACAGAACCAGUGAAAGAGGAACAAUCUUGAUGUGAAAUACUGCCAGAACAAAGUCUUUAUUCCCAUUGGUCAGGUAUUGGUGGAUACAUUUUUCAUCUAUGACUGUCACACUGUUUCCUGCUGCCACUAACCAGCAGGAAAGAGGAAACUAUUCCAACAUGUUUUUUUUUCACAGAAAGUUUUACUAUUAUACCAAGUGUCAAUAAAUCUGUUGCUUAUUUCCCAGUA